GUUCUCCCUCGAGCCAUGAACCCCGCUCUCGAUCACACGGCUUUGUCUACCAAUGAGUUCUCGGACUUCACCGCCUCCAUGGCCUCCAUGUCGCUCGAGGUACCACCCUCUGUGCUUGGCGAAACUAUGCAAGACGAGUAUGGUAGAGAAGGCCUCCUUCAAGGAUCCUCGAUGCUCCUUCCAUCUAUCAGCACGCAGGCGUUUGGCUUAAGCAUGGACGACUUUGCUGAUGCUACGAGUCACCUGGGGGAUUGGGGGAUGCCGCUUCUCCUGGGUGGGUCGGCGACGGUUGCACUGGAGCAACAACCUAUUACUGAAGGGGUGGACCCGUCCUUGCACAACGGCGAGUUCUUCCGCGACGUCGUGGAGUCCGCAAUCGCGGCAUUCCCAGCAGAAGCUACAGGCUGUCCCGACUCAUAUACCAGUUCCGGCUUCACUUCCCCCUCUCUCGCUGAUAUCUUCGACGUCGACGCGUUCUUCGGCACCCCGGAGUCGUCCACGGGCAGCCCAGGUCCGUUCUUCGAGAGCCGGGCAUCCUCUAUCAGCAGCUCAGCCUCCCCAUUCGGGACCUCGUCUGAAGGCUCGAACUCGGCAGACGAGCUCUUGGUCAACGACCCCGACUGUAACUUCGAGAUCCCUGUCGGCUUCUUUGCCCCGACGUUGUCAGCUGUGGGGGAUUCGGUGCUGGGCAAAGCAUACCUCGCAGUAGGAGCCGCGGUCGUCCCUUCCUGCCUCACCGGAAGCUCUAGUCGAUCUUCAUCCUGCGAUCCACCCUCAGGCUCUCGCAAGUACCAUCCGUACAAGCAGAGCUCCCAUCGGAAGCGCGUCUCCUCCGCUUCCGCCAACUUGCGCGUCGUCGACAUCUGGCCGCAGGGCAAGGCGCGCAACAUCCAGUCCCAGCUCGACGUGUCCCACUUUGACCUGGACUCCUCGGACGACGGCGUUCUACACUGCCCAGUGCCUCACUGCAACUACGUGCAGUGCACGGGACGCAAGCCCGACAUGAAGCGUCACAUCGAGACGCAUCGCUCCAAGGAGAACCAGCGGCGCUGGGUGUGCUGCGGGGUCCCCGUAGAGCAUGCGAAGGCGUACGGGAUUGACGACGUGAGUGGUGUGUACUGGUGGAGGGGAUGGCCGAUGGUGGGCGGGUGCCGUAUGGGCUUCAGCCGGCGCGACUCGCUGGGGCGACACAUCAACAGGAAGUCGUGCCCGUGCAAGGGCCAUCCUGAUAUGGCGUCUGAACUCAUUCGCAUCAAUCAGGAGGCGCUCGAGUAGGCGACAGAGGAGAGCGAGGAGUUCGUGUUCUGACUCUAGCUUCAACCAGUUUACAGACAUCGUGUGCUUCGACAAAAUUUCGGCAUCGUCCUCCCUUCAUACUUACAUUCGGUAGUUCUCUUUCGAUUUUGCAUACCACACGGCACGUACAUACUACAGCAGCACGAACAACAGG